AUGGUGGGGGUCUUGGCCAUGGCGGCGGCAGCUGCUACCCCUCCGGUGAAAGACUACGGGAAUGAGGCAAGCAAGAAGCGAAGGAAAGAUGAUGACAGAACUUGCAAAACAAUCACUAAAUAUUUAUCACCAAUGGGGAAGACUGCAGACAGGGUUUUCUCUCCACCAAAAUCCAGUAAUAUUCUGGAUUAUUUUAGAAAGACUUUACCCACAAAUGAGAAAACUCAGACAGCAAAAAAGUACAAGAUAAAAUCAUCCACACCAUUGCCUGCUGACAGUGACAAAGACUGUAAAACACCUUUGGAAAUGUCCUCAAAUACAGAGAAUAAGAAGAGAGGAAAGAGACUUAAUUUAUCUCAUCAACUAAGUCAUAUUAAAACUGAAAAUGAAUCUGCAAUUGAAAUUAACAGUGAUGAUAGCAAGGAAGACUCCAGUUUAAGUAACAAUUUUGUGGAAACUAGUCCUUCUGCUUUACUCUACAAGAAACAUGUCAAGGUACUUGCAGAAAGUAUUCAAGAUACCAAAAAACAAUCAAGCACUAUGACCUCCAAAAAAAGUUCUAAGAAAAUAAGUCCUAAACAAGGCCCCUCAAAAAAUGAUCGCAGAAAAUUGAGGAAAAGGAAGCACAGAGAGGUAAUAGAUCUAUCUGAAAGUUUACCCUUAGCAGAGGAACUAAAUCUCCUUAAAAGACAUGGUAAUGAUAGUAAACAGAUAAUGCCUUCCCUAACUAAUGAAAUGGAAAAUACUGCAAAUGAUGCAGAAUCUAGAGAUAAUAUAACUAAAACAGCCCAGUUAAAUGAUAGUACAAUAACUGUCUCAUAUGAGGAGUUUUUAAAAAGUCACAACGAAAGUAAAGUGGAACAGGCACCAGACUCUACAGUGUCUGUUUGUAUUCCUUCUGCAACUGUUGACGAUGCAGUCAAAAGUGGUUGUAUGACUGACCCAGAAACCUAUGAAAUUUCCCAACAGGUCCGCUUUAAGACAGUCACUGUUCUUGCACAAGUUCACCCCAUCCCCCCAAAAAAGACAGGGAAAAUACCCUCAAUUUUCUUGAAACAAAAGCAGGUGGAAAUGGAAAAUAGUCUGUCUGAUCCUGAGAAUGAACAGACGAGUCAGAAAAGAAAAUCUAAUGUCGUUAUACAUGAGGAAGAACUAGAAUUGGCAGUGUUGGAAGCUGGAAGUUCUGAAGCUGUGAAACCAAAAUGCACUCUAGAAGAAAGACAGCAGUUUAUGAAAGCAUUUAGGCAGCCAACAUCAGAUGCACUUAAAAAUGGAGUCAAAAAGUCUUCUGAUAAGCAGAAAGAGCUCAAUGAAAAAUUUUUAAAUGAAGAAGGAAGAGACAAUAAUUCUAAAAAAAUCAUGGAAAAUCCUAAUAUCCAAAUGAUUUCAAAUAAUGGCAAUUCACAGACACAUGCUGAUAAAGGAGGUUUUCCUAAGGAGAAAAGUAAAAAGCUGAAGAAAAAGAAUAAAAAAAUCUUAGAUACUGGUGCUAUUCCAGGUGAAAAUAGAGAGAGAAAUCCUCAAGAGAAAGAAUCAACUUUUUCCUUUAAAGAGAAACAAAAUCAAAACAGGCUUAGAAUGAGUUUAAGACAAAAGAAAACAGAAGUUUUCAAAAACAGCACAUUACUUAACAGCAAAAACCUUGUUUGUGAAGAUGCAGCAGAUGAUGACCCUCUAAAAAUUUCCUCUCCGUGUAACAAUAAGUCUUCAAGAAAAACCGGCAUACCAGUUAAGGAUAAGGUUAUACACUCUAAAGCUGAGACUGAAGACAGCUUGGUAUUUGUUUCUACACUGAAACCAAGCAGAAGAUCUGUAAGAAGUAGCAGCACACCUGCUACAGUAAUCAUUAGAGCUACUGAUUCUGAAGACGCACAAGACGAUAGUCCAGUAAAAGCUUCCACUCCAAAAGCAGCGAACUUAUCAGGGAAGCGUAGCUUAUAUACAGCGGAAUUAAUAACAGUAUCCUCUGAUUCAGAGAGUCCUAUUAGAAUGAAAUUCACCAGAAUUAGUACUCCCAAAAAAUCUAAGAAAAAAUCUAAGAAAAGGUCUAAGAAAUCUGAAACAGCUGAUGAAGAUUUUGAGUCUCAGACUAGAAAGGUAAGCAGUGCUUCAAAAAAUGUAUCCAAAGCAAAACAAUUGAUUGAAAAAGCAAAAGCUUUACACAUUAGUAGGUCAAAAGCUACUGAAGAAAUAGUGACACCUUUAAGGCGUUCGUCCAGACAUCAGACGCUCCCUGAAAAGUCAGAAACAGAAGACUCUGUAAUAACAGGUUCAAGUCCUACUCCUUUAAAGCAUCCUGAGAAAAAUCAGAAGAAACUUCAGUGUCUGAAUGAUGUGUUAGGAAAAAAACUUAACAAGACUCCUAAAAAUGUCCCUGGAAAAGUGAAAGUCGCGCCUUUAUUUCUUACUAGAAAGGCUCAGAAAACAGCUGAUCCUGUCCUUGGUUUUGAUGAAAGCAGUCAAGAUGCAACUGAGAAGCCUCAGGCUUGUGAUGUGCAGUUUAAAGCAAAGCGUGACUUUCUAAUGAGUGGUUUGCCAGAUUUGUUGAAACGACAAAUUGCAAAGAAAGCUGCUGCGUUAGAUGUGUACAAUGCAGUGAGUACCAGUUUCCAGAGCGUCGUUCAUGUUCAGCAAAAAGAUGAUGGGUGCCAUUUGUGGCAUUUGAAGCCACCCACUUGUCCUCUCUUAACUAAACUUAAAGAACUGAAUACUAAAGUAAUAGAUCUCUCAAAAUGUGUCAUGGCUCUUGGUGAAUUUUCAACAUUGAAUUCAAAUUCAAAAAGUAAUACUUCUGCUGUUGUGUUUGUUGGGAGAAGGAAGGAUUUGACUGAAGAAGUACGAAAUCUUUUGCUGGAGGAAAUUAGGUGGUCAAAUCCCGAGUUUUCUUUGAGGAAAUACUUCCCUUUGCUUCUAAAAAAGCGAACUGAGCCCCAGGUACUUUCCAAGUGUCAUCGUAAACAAGAAAGUCCAAAACUAGAGCCCGACGUCAGUCGAAAAGAAACCAAAAGGAAACGAGUGGAAAUGGAAAAUCAUAAAUCCAAAAGAAAGAAACCAAAUGAGUAUUCAGAAAGUCCAAAAAAGAUAAGUGGGAAACUAGAAGAACUUGACAAAAGAAACAACUCCAGUGGGAUAAAGCUAGAUUCUUCCAAAGAUUCUGGAACUGAAGACAUGCUUUGGACAGAAAAGUAUCAACCUCAGAACUCCGGUGAACUCAUAGGCAAUGAGCUAGCUAUUAGAAAGUUACAUAGUUGGUUGAAAGACUGGAAAAGAAGAGCUGAAUUGGAAGAAGGACAGAAUUUGAAGGGAAAAAGAGAUGAGAAACAGGAAGAUCCAUUGGACGGCAUAGACUUUAAAGGCAGUUCAGAUGAUGAAGAAGAGAAUCGUCUUUGCAAUACUGUUCUUAUAACAGGGCCAACAGGAGUGGGGAAAACUGCUGCGGUAUAUGCUUGUGCUCAGGAGCUUGGAUUUAAGAUAUUUGAAGUGAAUGCCUCUUCUCAGCGCAGUGGUAGACAAAUUCUGUCUCAGCUGAAGGAAGCUACUCAGUCCCAUCAAGUAGACAAGCAAGGUGUAAACUCACAAAAACCCUGUUUUUUUAAUAGCUACAACAUAAGCAAGUCACCAAAAAAAUUAAGCUCCCCCAAGAAGGUUGUUACAUCACCAAGAAAACUUCCUCCACCAUCACCACAAAGUAGUGGACCAAAGCGAGUACUUCCACCUAAAACUUUGGCAAAUUAUUUUAAAGUGUCUUCUAAGCCAAAAAAUAAUGAACAAAUAGGAGCACUUCUGGAAAAUAAUAAAGGAAUCAAAAAUUCUUUUGAACAGAAACCAAUUAUUCAGACUAAAUCUACAAACACAGCUAACAAAAAUGUCAAAGAGUUUGGGGCUGAGGAGCCCAACAGGAAAAAUGCAACAUCUCUCAUUCUGUUUGAGGAGGUUGAUGUCAUUUUCGAAGAAGAUGCUGGCUUUUUGAAUGCAAUCAAAACAUUCAUGGCAACCACGAAAAGGCCUGUAAUCCUUACAACAAGUGAUCCAACAUUUAGUUUAAUGUUUGAUGGCUUCUUUGAAGAAAUUAAUUUUAACACUCCUUCACUGCUAAAUGUUGCCAGCUACCUACAGAUGAUCUGCUUGACUGAGAAUUUUAGAACCGAUGUAAAAGAUUUUGUAACAUUGCUAACAGCAAAUACUUGUGACAUCAGAAAAAGUAUCCUUUACUUACAAUUCUGGAUUAGAAGUGGAGGUGGAUUUUUAGAAGAAAGGCCAUUAUCUUUUUGUCGAGGAAAUAGCAGAAAUGUACAACUUGUUUGCUCUGAAGAUGACCCUGAUUCCAAAAAUAAUGCUAAAAAUAGUAAAAGGAAUCCAACAGACCUUCCCAAAUGUGACAUUGGCUGUGCUGAGACCUUGUUUGGCCUUAAGAACAUUUUUUCCCCAUCUGAAGACUUAUUUUCAUUUUUGAAGCACAGAAUCAGAACAAAGGAAGAAUGGCAUAAGCUCAUCCAGCUUCUUACAGAAUUCCAAAUGAGGAAUGUAGAUUUCUUAUAUAGUAAUCUUGAGUUCAUUCUACCAUUACCUGUUAAUAUCAUUCCAGAAACAGAAAACUUUUCUGGUUCAUCAGCAAGUGUGGACACCAAUGCAGCAACAAAAAAUAUGAAAUGUCUUGCUAGGAAACUUUCUGAAGGAGAGAAGCCAUUGAAAAAGUCACAAAAAAAGAAACAUAAGAAAAAGAUGGUAAUUUUAGAUGAUAGUGACUUAUUUGACACCGAAUUGGACUUUUCUGAUGAAUUUAUUAGGCUUUCCUCUGCAUCUUCUCCAAAUUCAGAAGAAAGCAAAGCUAGAGAUAAAGAAAGCAAUCCAGAGACAAAGAAACUAAACACAUGUCUAGAGUCAAACGUUGAAUCUAUUCCUCGUUCUCCUAAAACACCAGCAGAAAAGAAAUAUUCUGUCCUUGUUUCUCACUGUUUAAAUUCUCUCACUGAGUUCAUGGACAACAUGUCCUUCUUAGAUGCCCUUUUAACUGAUGUAAGGGAACAUAGGGAAUUUGGUAAAAAUGAUUUUGGCUGGACAAAUGGAAAGGUUAAAAGUGGACUUUGUGAUGAGUUUAGUCUCGAGAGUAGUGAUGGAUGGACUUCUCAAAGCUCUGGAGAAUUAAAGGCAGCUGUAGAAGCUCUCAGCUUUACUAAAUGUUCUUCUACUAUUUCAAAAGCAUUGGAAACCUCUCUGAAUUCUUGCAAGAAAGUAGGAAGAGAUCCAACAAAAGAACUUACUUUUUAUGUUUCGCAAAAGCGCAACAAUGUACACUUCAGUCAGUCAGCAGCUAAUUUAGACAGUGCUUGGAAGAGGAUAGCAGUCAUCAAAAGUGUGUUUUCUAGCCGAUCUCUUCCGAACCUGGGUAAUAGACAAGCUAGUAUAAUAGAAUACUUGCCAACUCUGCGAAACAUUUGUAAGACUGAGAAGCUAAAAGAACAAGGAAAAAGUAAAAGAAGAUUCCUGCACUAUCUUGAAGGAAUUCAUCUUAACAUUUCAAAAGAGACUAUGAACACUUUGGCAGCUGGCUUCCCUUAAUAUCCUACAUUUACAGUGCCUUGUACAGAUUCUUACAUGGUCCUUAAGAGACUUUUUUUUUUUUUUUUUGCAGUACGUGGGCCUCUCACUGUUGUGGCCUCUCCCGUUGCGGAGCACAGGCUCCGGACGCGCAGGCUCAGCGGCCAUGGC